GACCAAGUGAAACAAAUCUAACGCUAUGAUCUCUGAGUCAUACGUCUGAUGGGGCAGUGCGUAAAGGCAGCCUUGUUUUUUUUCUGGCACGCAGCCUGGCGGAGGGCGUCAGUCAGCGCGCCUCUACGCGCUCCUUAACGCUGCAGCGUGUUUACCGGGCGAGGAGAGUUUGGGAUCCCGACUUCCAGAGCGCAUGUGUUCCUUGCGGAGAAGGCAAUCAAGAUGAAGCGCUUCUGAACUGAAGUUCCUUUAUUCCUUUUCCUGAGGUGUAAGAUGAGAGUCCUUGCACUGAGGCUGGAGAGCUCGGGAAGAUUUGUAAAAGCAACUUUAACCUUUCAGGCAGAGGAAAUGUCCACAUUUGCGAGUCCGACCAUUCCCUCCUCACAGCUGACCUCGGAUCAGCUCACAGUGCUCGCUGCGUGCUUUUCUUCUCUGGUGUUCUUUUUUGUUGUCAUCGUGCUGCUUUCCAUUAUUUACCGCAAAGAUCCCCAGUGCUGCAAACAUGGCUGCUAUCAGGACCCACAUGGAGAUAUGGAUGCUCCUCCUCAGUAUUACAGCAGCAGACAGACCCUGGUUGGAUCUCCCUUUUUGGAGCAGACUCAGAUCCCCGAUGACAGCAAUACCCAGCUGACAGGUGAGCUGUUCUACGUUGGCCUGCCCUCCAGCUACAGCCUGCCCACCCUGGAGGUCCCCCUGCCGAGGCUCCCCUCCUACGAAAGCGUCCGAAAGAAGGACCGCCAGAGGCAAAUCCACAUGAUGAUUGCUGACCGUUUUGGCCUCAAUGGACCCAUUGUUACUGAGUCUCCUCCAUCGUAUGAGGAGAGCAUUCGUCAGUUUGUGGAGCUGCCGUACAACAUCCUGUCAUCUAGCCUGGAUGUUUCCCCUCCUCAAAGAGAUUACACCAACAUAAACCCGUGUUACACCACAGAUAGCCCUGUUUUAUGUCCUGUUUGAUGUUGAACAUGUCUUGAAGCUCUGCAUCAGUUUGCUGCAGAACUUUCUGAUCCUGAUACCUCAAACUGAGCCAAAACCUAUCCAAAGAGGAGCUGCAUCCCAUCUAUGAGAGGCACAUCUGAUUACUAAAACAAAGACAUUUACUUCUCUUAUACCAGGCUGGAAAAAAAAAUAAGCAUUUCAUGAGCAUAAACUAAGGUGGCGGGACAUCUUUCGGAAGAAGGAACGCAACAAGAAUGAAACCUGCCAAAAAAUAGAUGACCCGUAUUUACUUUUUGUCGAUGGCAGUGGUGUUAUUUAUGUUCCACUUGUAAAUAUGUUUUUAUUUAGUCCAUUUUCAGACUUUUAUUAUUAGGUAAACACACAUCUUAUGUUUUAAAUUUGUAAAUCAGAUAUUUGUUAGUCAAACAGAGCGAGGGAGAAAAAGGGUGCUAAACAUUUCUAUUCAUGAAGAAAAUUGCAUACAGUUAUUUUGAGUUUUAAUUAAGAUGAACGUCUGUGAUUUGUGUUUUGUUUUCACUUCACUGUGCGUUAAUGGCUUGGUUUAAUCUUGCAUUUGUCCUGUACUGUAUUUAUUGAAGAACAAUCAUUUUUUGUCAUGUUUCUACUCUGUAGAUACACAAGGAAUAAACUGUUUUAUUAUUUUA